CCAAGUUAGUUUAUUUGUCCUUUUUUCAAGCCAUUUUUUACAAUAAAUCUCGGAAAUAAAUAUUAUCAGAAACUCCAAGAGAAUUUUAAUUUUUACUCGAUAAUAAUUGUUUUGUUUUGCAUUUUAAAUCUAUGUCUGUUUUGAGUGCAUGAGAAAUGCAGUGCAUCCAAUGCUGUUUUAAAAUAAAAUUUACCAUGCUAAAGAACAAAUUAAACCGCAGAGCCGAACCACAAACUCAAACGACAUUUUACGUUGAAUGUACUAUAGGUAAUUGAUCCAAUUAUGCAGUUUCCUUGUUUCCAUUUAGCAUGGACCAGGAUUUUGUGAGAGCAACUUACUUACUUACGUGCAUAUGUACAUAUGUACAUACACGCAUAUCACAAAGAAGUCAGCCUCCUGCUGUUGAAUUGUCGUGUAAGUAAUAAAAAGGUUAGAAUAGAUUAGUUAGAGCCAGCAGUAUCAAUUUCGUGACUGUAAAACUACAAAUGUUUUUUUUUGCUGUUUACCAAUUCGCUCUCUCUGAACUCGGCUCCUUUAGUCUUUCUGGAGAAGCACGUAAAUAUUGUUCUUAUUCGUGUAUUAAACGAUUUGGAAAGAUUUAAAACCUUUGAAAUAUCAUGAGGCUCCAAAAUGAGAGAUUUUCAAUAGAAUAUUUAAAUAUUAUUACUAAUUGGGAUUAAACAUCUGGAACAAUGACUUCAUCUUCAGUACGAGAUUUUUGGUUGGUGGAAAUUUAUGUGUUUGUGUCUGUUAUGCUAACGAGUUCGCACGUGAGAACGGUACCUACCAACGCCAGUGAAUUAUGUGGUCACAUCCAGUUUGGUUCUGGUAAUGGAAAUAGAACGGUUGUUAACGUGUUCGAAAAUCAAGGAAUAUCAUCCUCCGUAGACUUUGAGCAAAUUUAUAACAAGUUUACAAAUGCCUCUGCUCUUGUGGGGGUUGAGAAACCAAAUUGUUUCAUCGAGAUUUGUGGAAACCCGACGAUUCUCGAGAAAGGCAAACGAGCCAUCACUGCAUCCUGCACAAGGUUCUGGGACCAUAAUUCCUCAUUACCCUUGUCGAGGGACCCUUUUGAGUUGGACUACGAGGCAACGUCCAUAACUUGUGGAUGCCAGAAAGUUGAUACACCUUAUUGUGCAAAUGAAGAUUGUCGGAGUCGGUCAUUCAACGAGACUUGUGCAGUGUUGUACCAAGAGGAAAAAUGCAGAGAUUGCAUCUUUGACGGCAUCGUGCUUCCCCACAAUGGCAGAUUUAACACCAGCACUAACGCUGUGAUAAGGUCAUCCUACGUCCAACCCGGCUGCUUGCUGAUGGAGACUGCAUUUGGAUAUUCGGAAUAUGCACCGCCCGAGUAUCCGGUUCAGGACUUCAUCCCGUUCACGGUCGUUCACAAGAACAGCACAAAUAUUGUCCCAACGCACACUCGACGUGGCCAAAACUUUUUCUGCACCUGUCCAGAACUGAAUGCCGAAGAGUCAUUGUCGACUGGAACUCUUGUGGCGUGGGUGUUGGGCAGCAUCGUUCUUUUGGUCUUCUUGGUCACAGGAAUCUCCAUUUUUGCUGGCAGACGCUACCGGCCAACGAAUAAAGCAGAACGGCUCGUCUUUCCCAAAUCGGAAAUUCUUCAGUUUCAAAAAGGCUUCACCAACACGGUUUGUUCGAACGUGGACAACAAUGAGGAUUCGCCCGGCGUGAUGCAGGCCUGUUGUGCUCCUUACAAAUCAAGUUUGGAAAUUCCGAGAGAUGAUUGGGAAUUUAACCCUAUAAAGCCACGGAAAAUAUUGGGCAAUGGAAUGUUUGGCGUAGUAUUCCAAGGGAAAUAUAAGAAUCGGAAACAUUCCGGAAAAGUUUGGCAAGACGUGGCCAUCAAAACGAUGAAGCCUUUUUCGGAAUGCGGUUACAUAAAGUCCAUUUUGAACGAGCUGAAGGUGUUGGCCUAUUUGGGACAACAUCCAAACAUAGUUCAGCUAGUUGGAUCUUGCACCAGUAAUUUGGAAGCUGGGGAAAUCUACAUUAUUUUGGAACUCUGCUCAAACGGAAGUCUGAAAAAUUAUUUGGUUUCGCUAAAAGAUUCACUUCCUCAAGAAAAGUCAUCAUUCACACCGAACGAAUUUCAUCCAGACUAUUUGGAUUUUAGUGAAAGAGUUCAACAACCCAGAUUUCCUGAGCUGAGUCAGACCUGGUUACUCCAACUUUUCAAAUGGAGUAAAGAAAUUGCAACUGGGAUGCUAUUUCUCACAGAAAAAGAUGUUCUGCACAUUGAUCUGGCUGCUAGAAAUGUGCUGUUGACGGAAGCAAAAACUGCCAAGAUUGGGGACUUUGGAUUAUCUCGUAAGCUGUAUUCCAGACAAGAUUAUACAAAGAAGACUAGAGAGCCUGUGCCAACCAAAGGAAGCGCACUGGAAUGCCUGACAAUGAAAAAAUACUCGGUCAAAUCGGACCUUUGGGCGUUCGGAAUUACUUUAUGGGAAAUUUUCUCGUUGGGGGAUGAUCCAUACGGAAAUCUCGAGUAUCAAGAAAUUAUUGACUUUCUCAACGACGGAAAUCGGCUUGCGUGCCCUAUUUAUGCCAACACAGAAAUAUAUGAAACGACCAUGUUGCAAUGUUGGCAUGAAGAGCUGGAAGAGAGACCCUCGUUCACUGAAAUGCGAGAUUUCUUUCAAAAAUUACUACUCAACUAUGAAUCUGAAGUGCUUGACUCGUGAAUAUUUUUUUAUUUCUUCUGUACAUGACAUCUAGGAUGCAUAUUAUGAUGUCAAACAAUAAAGCAACUUUACCAGUUUGUCUAAAAUUUUGUUGGAUAACUGUAA